AUCGAAGAUGCUUACAUGUUUGUCGUUGACUACAAUUCAAGUCCAAAGUCCAAACAGUCCCUUGGAGUUGGGAGGACAGACCGCACGAAAAUUUAGAAGAUCCACACCCCCCAGUGACAAUGUGCACGUUACUUGUUGCUCCUAUUUCUGACUUAGAAGUUUAGUUUUCUUAUUCCCUUUUCCAUUAUUCAAGCUCACCUUCCACCCAAAUUCAGGGUCAUGCUCGUACAGUUGUUCAUUUGGUUGAAGUAUUGAAGAUUUGGUUGUGAAUCUUUCUUACACAGUAUCUGAAUCUUCAAUGGCGGCAAUACUGGCUUCUCACAGCUGUUAUUGCCACAAUAUGGAGUCAAUAAAUCAAGGAAGAGCACUACACAACCUCAGUUUCUCAAGCUCAAUUUCUGCUCAUAAAGCUUCAAAGUUUGACAGAUCAACACAUAAUCCACCUAGGACUGAUAAGUUUUACAAGUUUGAUGUGAAAAUGAAACAAAAAGAAUCAGUACCCUCAAAAUUAGUUACCAAUGGGCGAGCUGUUAAAAUGGUACCAGCUAGUGAAGUAAAGAAAAGAAAGACUCCAUCCACUAAUAAAGUAGAUGUAGUAAAUGGUUCAAGGCAAGUUGUUAAUGGAGCAAAUCUAGUUAGAAGACAAUCUACUCAAUCCCUUGUAAAAACCCCAAGAGUUAGGGAUUCCAAAGAACUCCCACUGGUGGAGGAGCUGAAGGUUUUGCCCUCAGAUGAAGGUUUCAGUUGGGCAAAUGAAAGGUAUAAUUCGGUGCAAAGGAGUAUAGAUGUUUGGUCUUUUGUUCUAUCUUUGCGUGUCCGUGUUUUGUUUGACAAUGCAAAAUGGGCAUAUUUGGGAGGCUUCACAGAAGAUAAGCAGAAAAAAAGAAGGCAAAAGACUGCCUCAUGGCUAAGGGAGUGUGUGCUGCAGCUUGGUCCAACUUUUAUUAAACUUGGACAAUUGUCUUCAACAAGGUCAGAUCUAUUCCCAAGUGAAUUUGUGGAUGAGCUUGCAAAGUUGCAGGAUAAGGUCCCUGCCUUCUCUCCAGUGAAAGCAAGAAGCUUCAUUGAGAGUGAGCUUGGAGCUCCCAUCAACAUAUUGUUUAAGGAGUUUGAGGACCAGCCAAUUGCUGCUGCUAGUCUUGGUCAGGUCCAUCGGGCUAUCCUUCAUAAUGGAGAGAAAGUAGUGGUGAAAGUUCAGAGACCUGGUCUCAAGAAGCUUUUUGACAUUGACUUACGAAAUCUAAAGCUAAUUGCAGAGUAUUUUCAGAGAAGUGAAACUUUUGGUGGUCCAUCAAGAGAUUGGAUCGGCAUAUAUGAAGAAUGUUCCACGAUUUUGUAUCAAGAAAUUGAUUACAUAAAUGAAGGGAAGAAUGCAGAUAGAUUCCGCCGAGAUUUUCGAAAUAUAAAGUGGGUCCGAGUACCACUGGUUUAUUGGGAUUAUACUGCCUCAAAGGUGUUGACCUUGGAGUACUUACCAGGGAUUAAGAUAAAUCGGCUAGAUAUGCUAGAUUCACGGGGUUAUAAUCGGUCACGAAUAUCAUCACGUGGUAUUGAGGCUUACUUAAUUCAGAUACUAAAAACUGGUUUCUUUCACGCUGAUCCUCAUCCUGGAAAUCUUGCUAUCGAUGUGGAUGAAGCAAUCAUCUACUAUGAUUUUGGUAUGAUGGGAGAAAUAAAAUCUUUCACCCGGGAGAGACUGCUUGAACUUUUCUAUGCAGUUUAUGAGAAAGAUGCAAAGAAGGUGAUAAAAAGCCUUAUAGAUCUUGAAGCACUCCAGCCCACAGGAGACAUGUCGUCGGUUAGGAGAUCUGUGCAGUUUUUCUUGGAUAAUUUGUUAAGCCAAACACCAGAUCAGCAGCAGACUUUGGCUGCAAUUGGGGAGGAUUUAUUUGCAAUAGCACAAGAUCAGCCAUUUCGAUUUCCAUCCACCUUUACCUUUGUCAUAAGAGCAUUUUCAACCCUUGAAGGUAUAGGAUAUGUCCUUGAUCCAGAUUUUUCCUUUGUAAAGAUUGCUGCGCCAUAUGCACAGGAGCUUUUGGAUAUAAGACAGAAGCAGCGGUCUGGGACACAACUUGUGGAGGAAAUUAGGAAGCAAGCUGAUGAUGCCAGAACAUAUACCAUGUCCAUGCCAUACAGAGUUCAGCGGAUAGAGGAAUUUGUGAAACAGCUUGAGUCAGGGGACUUGAAACUCCGAGUCCGGGUGCUUGAGUCCGAAAGAGCAGCUCGAAAAGCAACCGUACUACAAAUGGCAACUAUGUAUACAGUGUUGGGAGGCACCCUUGUAAAUCUUGGGGUCACUUUCAGCAGUCAAGGUAGUCAAUUGAUUGCAAAUGGAUCAUUCAUUGGUGCAGGAGUUUUUAUGGCAUUUCUUGUUAGGUCCAUGCAAAGGGUGAAGAAGCUUGAUAAAUUUGAGAAGAUGAUAUAGUUUCUUUCCUAACACGUCAAUUCUUCCUUAGAUAUUUGAUACAUAUUAGUCAAAGUCUCUUUUUUUUUUUCACAUGCAUACCAGAGCAGUAUGCAUUGUAUACAGAACAUGAUUAAAUAGGGAAAUGCCUCCCUGCUAUAGAUUAAAAACUGUACAAGGGAGAUAAAUUGAAAUUCUUAGGCAUAUAUGUGACUUUAAAUGUUUUAAUAAAAAUAUACCAGCAGGUUCAGUUUA